AUGGUGAAGAGUGAAUUUUUCACUCAAAGGACUAGUAAGAGGCUCAAGCUAGCCUCCCAGAUGGCCCAGAGUUUUGGUUCGACCAUUUCUGAUGUUGCUUUGGAUGGAUCUAGAAGGAAACCGGCUCCAGCAGUGAUCCAAGUAAAGAAAGAAUCGGAACCUAUUAGUUUAGAGGUGAAAAGCCACGGAAACGAUACGAAAAGGGCACGUGUCAAGAGUGAAGAAGACACACAUGUAAAGCUGGAAGAGACUCCAAUACCGAAGAACUUUUUUCCCAUUUAUAAUGAAGUUAAGUUGAUCCGAUCUAAGAUUACCACUCCCGUUGAUUCGAUGGGAUGUGCCACAAUACCAAUACGAAUCGCUGAAGAAAAAUCCGGCCCCCUAUUUAGAUACCGCUUACUGGUAUCUCUUAUGCUCUCUUCGCAAACUAAAGAUGAAGUCAACUAUGAAGUCAUGAAGAGUAUGAACGACUAUUUCAAGAGUGUGGGGUACGAAAACGGAUUGUGUUUGCAGGCGAUUCUAGAUGUGGAGCCUACCAAGCUGGACGAAUUGAUACAUAAAAUAGGAUUCCAUAACAGGAAAACAGUUUACCUCAAGAGUGCUGCGGUGAUAGUCAAAGAGCAAUUCAACGGAGAUAUCCCAAAGAACAUAAAACAGAUCACUGCACUUCCAGGUGUAGGUCCCAAAAUGGGAUAUCUUUUGCUACAAGACGCCUGGGGAAUCAACGAUGGAAUAGGCGUAGACGUUCAUGUCGAUCGGUUAGCAAACAUGUGGAAAUGGGUGAAUACGAAGACUCCAGAGCAGACUAGACUUGCCUUGGAGAAGUGGGUACCCAGAGAGUUAUGGCAGGAGAUCAAUCCGGUGCUGGUAGGAUUUGGUCAAGUCAUCUGCACCCCAAGGGGUCGAAGAUGCGAUGUUUGUUCUCUUGCCUCCAAGAAGCUCUGCAACAAUAUUGAUAGAGGCAUCAUCAGUAAAAGUCGUCGUGAGAAGGAAUCCGCAGCAUUGAGGGGCGUCGCCGUUAAAGAGAGGAAAAUUAGAGGAGAUAUCUCCCAGAUACUAGACAUUGAAGAUCUCGCAUAA